ACACUGUUUGCAGGCGCGUGCAUGUCGCCCUGGUCACGUUCCUCUAGUUGAAUUGGGUGUUCACCGUGUCUUUGUCACUUUCGGUGAAGCUAGCCCCCGUUUGUUGCUUGUUAAUGUCCGUUUUUUAUAUUACUUACGCUGCAGGAUGGACGUGUCCGACAGGCUGGCCGUGUGGCGGCAGCUGGCUGAGAGCUGUGGCCUCAGCACCAUGGAGCAGAGCCUGGAGCAGAUGUGGAGGCUGCUGCUGCUCUGCCUCGUGUGCAGACUCAGCUUCAGACUGGGAGGCGCAUCCACAGUGACCCAUGUGGUGUCGGUGUUGGCUGGGGGUUACGGCCUCUUCCUGUUCUUUGAGCUGCAUAUGCUGUGGGUGCUGUUACUCAGUGGGCUCUGUUAUCUCACCCUGCUGCUCAGCCAGUACUCCAACAGCAGGGGCCUCUUCCUCUCAGCUGUUAUCCUGCUCUACCAUCUCAUCGGAGAAUUGCAUUUAAUUGACGCGGUGACUUGGCAUAAAAUAAGAGGUUCUCAGAUGGUUGUGGCGAUGAAGGCCAUCUCUCUUGCCUUCGACCUGGACAGAGGAGCCGUGAGCAGCCUGCCUUCCCCGCUUCACUUCCUGAGCUAUGUGCUUUUUGUGGGGACUGUUGUCUUUGGUCCCUGGAUCAGUUUUUCCAGUUAUAAGAACGCCACUGAAGGCAGACAGCUGAGCUGGUCGUGGAUGAAGAGUUCCCUCCUCAGCCUCCUGAAGAGUCAGAUGUGUCUGCUGGUCUCCACCUGCAUCGCUCCUUACCUCUUCCCUUUGUUUAUCCCAGUCUAUGGAAGCUCAGUCACAGAUAAGUGGCUUCGUGCGUAUGAGAAUGCAGUGUCAUUCCACUUCAGCAACUAUUUCGUGGGUCACCUCAGUGAAGGCACCACAAUGCUGUCAGGGGCAGGCUUCACUGUGGAAAAAGAAAACGUCCAAUGGGGGAUGCGUGUGGUGACGCCUCUCGCUGUGGAGCUGCCUCGCUCCAUGGUGCUGGUAGUGACAUCCUGGAACAUCCCUAUGUCUCGAUGGCUCAAAACCUAUGUGUUUAAGAAUGCCGUGCGGCUAGGCACCUUCCCCGCCAUCCUGGUGACUUACAUGGCCAGCGCUUUGUUGCACGGCCUCAGCUUCCACCUAGGAGCUGUACUGCUUUCUUUGGGUUUCAUCACAUAUGUUGAGCACGUUCUGAGAAAGAAGCUUGCAUCCAUCUUCAGUGCCUGCAUCCUAUCCCGACCCUGCAUGUCUGGCUGCAGCCAUCAGCACAGGAAGGAAUAUUGGGUUAUUCUGCUGAACCUUCUCUUCACCUUUUUGGCCAUCUUCCACCUCACCUACUUGGGCUCUAUGUUUGAUCCUGGACUUGAUGAGCAGGAAGCAGAAGAGGGCUUUUCAGCCAUCCACACCAUCCAGAGGUGGUCUGAGCUGAACUGGGCCAGCCACUGGGUUAUGUUCGCCUGCUGGAUCUUCUACUGUUUGAUUAGGUGACUUUGGACGGGAGAGCUUCGAACCGAACACCUCACAAGGCUUGUGUUGCUGGUUUUCAGGAUGAUGUUGUGGAAGCUGCAGACCAGCGUAGGCCAAGAAGACAAAGGUGUGGGCAGGUAGAUGGGGCAUCAAUGUCCCACACAUCCUGAAAGGACACUAGGACUGAGAACAUAAACACUAGUUUGGUAUGUUACUGAUUUAUGACUGACAGAGGGAUUCUUAGUCUACUGUUCAGACUAUGUGUGUAUAUAUAUAUAUUUAACUCUUAUAUAUACUCUUGUUUAUGUUAACAUAAACAUAUGUUAAUAAAUUCACAUUAUAAAACCUGA